AUGGCUUUGGCCUCGGGGCCCGCGAAGCGGGCACUAGCAGGCCCCAGGCGGUUCGGUCUUGGGGGCUGCGGAGUCCCCAAACGUGGAGCUUAUGAGUGGGGUGUGCGCUCCACGCGGAAGCCUGAGCCUCCUCCCCUACACAGAGUGUAUGAAAUCCCCGGACUGGAGCCCAUCACCUACGCGGGGAAAAUGCACUUCGUGCCAGGGAUGGCGCGACCCGUCUUUCCGCCUUGGGACCGCGGCUGGGCGCACCCGAAGUUCCACCGCACGCCUCCGAUUCACGAGCAGCCGCUGUACAAGGACCAGGCUUGCUAUAUUUUCCAUCAGCGUAGCCGCCUCCUGGAGGGUGUAAAGCAGGCCGUCUGGCUUACCAAGACCAAAGUAAUAGAAGGCCUCCCAGAGAAAAUGCUGAAUCUGGUUGAUGAUCCAAAAAACCACAUAGAGAACCAAGAUGAGCGCGUUUUGAACGUGAUUUCUCUUGCCCGUCUCUGGCACACCACUGAAGAUAUCCCCAAGAGAGAGACCUACUGCCCAGUCAUUGUGGACAAUCUGAUACAGCUGUGCAAAUCCCAAAUUCUCAAGCAUCCUGCUCUGGCCCAACGGAUCUGUGCCCAAAACUACUCAUUCUCCACCACCUGGAACCGAGAGUCUACCAUCCUUCAGGUCCGUGGGUCUAGUGGCACCCAGUUGAGUGCCAAGGAUCCUCUGCCCCCCGUUGCCUCUAGAGAAGAGGUUGAGGCCACUAAGAACCAUGUUCUGGAGACCUUCUAUCCCAUAUCUCCCACUAUUGAUCUUCAGGAAUGCCAUGUUUAUGAUGUGAAAGAUGACAGAGGAUUCCGAGAGGGUUAUCCUUAUCCCUACCCCCAUACCCUGUAUUUCCUGGAGACAGCCCGUUUACGACCACACCGCCUGCAACCAGAUCAGCUGCGGGCCAAGAUGAUCCUGUUUGCUUUUGGCAAUGCCCUGGCUCAGGCCCGGCACCUCUUUGGGAAUGAACCUAAGGUUUUAGAGCAGCCGGUGACUGUGCAGAGUGUGGGCACGGAUGGACGCCUUUUCCAGUUCCUGGUAUUCCAGCUGAACACCACAGAUCUGACCUGUAGCGAGGGUGUCAAGAAUCUGGUCUGGCUGGACUCGGACCAGCUCCUCUACCGGCAUUUUUGGUGUCGACCAGUGAUCAAGAAGAAGGUGGUUGUGGAACCUGUUGGGCCAGUUGGUUUCCAGGCAGAGACAUUCAGAAAGUUUCUAGCUCUGUAUUUGCAUGGUGCUGUGUGA